ACUUUGAGCGCGUAAAUCAGUUGACAGGACGGUACAAUUGAAUAAAACAGCUUGAAGUCCGCAAACUGAGUCGUUCAACACGCUUUCAACGAUCUUCUUGUAGAGUACGCCAGUUGAGUAUAUGAGCCACAUAGAAGAUUGACGAAACGAAGAGGGUUACGGAUUUCUUCGUUUUUGCUUUAAAAGCAAACCAUUGAAUGGCCAACAACAUGAACAAAUUUAAAAGUGGCUACCUUUGAUCUCGUUAUGGAUAAAUUGCGAUUAUUGUUUAGUCAGCUUACAUCCCUACUCCCAUCAUCUGACUUCUCCGAUCCAGACCCUUGUAUUCGACUUCGUGAAGGAGUUGAAGCGUAUGUACAAAAGUCUAAUGAUGAAAACUUACUGUUUGAUCUUAAUGGCACAGAAGUUCAUGAGGCAUUUUAUUUGUGCUGUCUUAAUUUUCUGCACGCUUGUAAUGACUUAUAUGAAAGCAAUGCAGCCAACGAUAGCGUUGACAUCCCUAUUUUCAGUGUGUUUCAAGAAAAACAAUUGUCUUCAUGCCUUCAAUUUGUUGUCGCAUAUGGCGUUUAUCCGCUUUUAGAAACCGGAGUUUCAUUGCCCUUAAGUAUGCGUUUGGAAAAUUAUGAAAAGUUCAUCUGUCCUCGGAAGGAAAAAGAUGAAGAAAGAAUUGAAAAACUGAUGAAGAUUAUCAAGUGUUUGCUUUCCUUGAGAGAGUCUAAAUCUUCUCAGUUACAACGAUUAGUCAGCACCACUUCAUUUCUGGGUGAUUUAAUUGCAAGUUUAUUUCAAUCUGCUUUCGGAAUGGAUUCAUAUUUACGAAGUAGUGAUUUCACUUCGGAAAGAGUUUCUUCGUUAAUGGCAUACAUUCGUGAAUCUCGAAAAAUUCUUUGGAAACUGUUGCUUGAGCUACCACGUCACAUUGCAAUGAAAGAAUUAAUGAUUCUUCAAGGUGGUACACAAAUUCGUGUUAAGGUUAGUUUAUUCCUUAAUUGUAAUAUAUACAACUAUUGUUUUCCUUUAUUCUGAUACAGUUUGAACUUAUUAUUUUCUUCAUCAUAUUUGUUCAACAAAAGUAUUAAUUCAGGAAAUCUGAUCGUAAGGAAAUUCACUGCAUUAAAAGGACAGUUAUAUAGAUGUCAAAGAACAAGAAAUAGUAAUGAAUCAGUGGGAACGGGUCAGGAAAAAGGCAACUAUAAGGCAAUACCGUGUAUAAUAUUACCUUGCCUUGACUAUUUAUAUAGGACAAUAGAAUUGUGUUGAUGCUGGUCAUUUAAUAUCUAAACAACAACUGCGAACUCUUUUAGCCUUAGUCUUAUGAUUAUUGAUUGUGCCCAAGGUGACUUGAUGCACUAGUAGAUUCUGAUGUAACACAUCCACUCUUCAGUUUCCAGUUGUUUUAUGAAACUUUUAUUUCAUCUCUUGCAUUCAGUUUUAGAUUUAGUGAUUCGUUACAAAAUUCACAUCAAUUUAAUAAAAUAUGGAAAUAAUUCAGGUGAUCGGACUUGAUAACGAGACCUUCGUUAAAUAGCUACCGCAAGUUAGGACUGUUUGGCAGCUAACGUAGUAUUAAAGCUAUCAUUUAUAUACAAAAUAUUCAACCAAGAUUGUAUAAUUGGUCUACUUGUCGAACAGCGAAUAACUAUUCUAGAAUAAAAAUGGUUCCGGCAAUGUAGCUAGUGAUCAUUCAUUUUCGCCCAUCAUGGUACCUCCUUUAGAAUUAAUAUGGGACAAUUGUGAGGCUGAAGUUGCAAUCCAUUAUAUAUUAGGGCACAGUGACGAUAAUUCUGUCGCUGUCACUAUCUUGAGACAUGGGCUUCUCCGGUUUGGACAUGCGUUAAGGAUGUCAUUCCACUGGUUUCUACGUCAUGCAUUGUUUAUGGGUGCUAAGACGAAAUGGAAAAAGCUGUAUAUCACUGACACCCGCCGAUCUGUCAUGAUUGUUUGGCUAAAGUUUUAAAAAUGAUGGCUAGAGACGUUACCAGAUAUAUCUUAGAAUAAAAACAAUAGCGAUUCUUCAGCAGUUUUCUUUUGCAUUCCACUAAGUCAACAAAUUCUUCUUGGUUGUAUUUUUUCAUGAACUGUACUUUUUCUUACUACAAACUCUUCUCUCUCAUUGAUGUGUGGGUGAGAAUGAUAAUGAUUGGUUGCUUGCUUAGCCAGACUUGUAGAUAGUCUGAUAGGCGUUAGAUGAGUUAUAUAUUCUCCUAUCCUUAUUAUUAUUAUUGGUUAUUGUUGAAUUGUGUCGGAUUGCUAUCGAUUUUCGGUGUGGAAAUAUAUUUAUGUUUUAGUCAGGCUAAUCACGUGUUCCUGGUCUGAGUUGUGUUGAAGUCCCGUGGAAUAGACACUGAGAGGGAAUCUAGUGUAGAUAUUUGUCUAAGACAAAUUAACAUCCCAUUCGUAAAGACGAAGAAAAACCGAGCUUUAUAACACUUAUUUAUUUAAUUUUAUCGAUAACUCCUCAUCAUUCCUUUAUCUCACAAUUUCAUUUAACUAUUUGUAUGGAGCAUAUUUAUUUUGAUGCCUAUUUGCACAAGUGCUUGUUUUUUAAAUAAUUAAGGAUGUAAGUGGACACUUAGUCUCUCAACUAUCCACUACCCAGCUCUUGAACUUCUAAACAUUUUCUCAUUACUUUGAUAGUUUUUCCUAAUGUUAAUUGAUGAUCGCUUCUGAGUGAUUUUUUGCUUAACGUUGUCCCCUGGUAUAAAUGUUUUGACGCAUUACAGUUUACCACUUUUUCAGUAGAUAAUUUGUUAUUGUUUGGUAGCUAAACUGUCGAUUAAUAAGUAAUCUAUUGUACAUUAACAACAGUUUUUGUUAAUCUAUUCCUUUGCUGUUCAAAUUAAGGGAGCUGUUCAGUUACCCAAAGCACCAAUCUGGUUACGUAAAUCUUGUGGUCGUUUACUAUCCCGUUUGUUGGUCCAUCCAGUUGUUAUAAAUAAUACGAACGUUGAAAAAUCUGAAAAUGCCCACAAUUUAGGUGUUAGAAGCUUGUUACUAGCUUCUCUGUCUCUUUGUCCUGGGAUAUUACCUUCGACUGGUCCGAUCACUUCGAUUGAUCCACGUAUUCAACCAAAAAUGAUUUCAACAUUGGCGAAUAUUUUGACAACAAUUCCCGAAUUUCUUCAUAAUUCCUCGGAUGAUUUGGCCAGUAGAUCAAGUUAUGAAAAAUAUUUUUCAUUAGUUUCUGUUCAGUUGUUAGAAAUAAUCAAUGCCAAGAAUAAUACCACGCCGAAUACUCAAACGGAUUCAUUAGCUGUUGCUCAUUUCUUUUAUAAUGUUGCCAUUAAAUCGGUUCAUGAUUUAUGCCAGAAAUCUUCUGAAAUUAAUGUUAAUGAUGAUAAUAUUGGUAAAAAAUUAUUACUUUGGCCAUUGAUUGGGUUAUUAAGAAAAUUUUGUCAGAUAUCUUCAGUUGUCUCAGAAAAAGAGUUAGUAAAGGAUAACUCCUUGGCAUUUGAUUUUACCACGAAAUGUCAACUUGCCUCACAUCAUGAUCUAGCUCGGCUACUAGAAAUUAUAAAAGAUCUGUUGGAUUGUCCUGAGCCAUCUCAAAUUGUUAUAACAGAAUUAGGUAAAUUGUCUAGACCAUUAUUUAUAUUGUUUGCACAAACAAUUGAAGAUGAAGAUAACGUUAAUGAUUCAGAAAGCUUUACUUCACUCAAAGAAUGCUUAAUCUGGAUUCUUACUCGUCUGUUAUCUUCUGAUUUGAAUUCCCGUUUCAAUCGUUUGUCAUUAAUACGUAGUUGGUUUAAUCUACCUGCUCCAUCCUUGAAAUUUAUGCCAUCAGAACUACAACAUGAAGUGUCAAUUAUGAGUAGCACUACUGAUUGGCUUUCAGCUUAUUCAUGUCAAGAAAAUCUAAUGUUUAGAUUAUUAUCCAAAGUUCAGCCUAUGGAAUCUUCAUCCACAUCUCUAGAUGAAAUUACAAUGAGAAAACAUAAUUCAGUCUAUGUACCAUAUACUUGUGUCAUAAUAAACGAGAAAUUACCUACUGUUAAUGGGAUACAGAAUUUCUCUUCCAGUAUCAAAAGUCUUGUCACAUUGCUAUUUUUUAUGAGUCCAUCUUCAUUUCAAAAUAAUUCUUCUAAUAAACAAGUUGGACAUCAUUUGCAUAUUCUGAUAGAUGAAAAACAAAGUGAGAAAAAUCAAAUUAAUGAGAUCACUACUCAUGCAGAUCUUUUUCUGAGUUUAUUGACAGAUUUACAUUUCACUUUCCAAGCCAUUUUUGAAUCAAUGAAUGAAGCUCUUAUACCGCAGAAUGAAAAAGACAUUAUUGAGAUUGGAACUGUUUCUUCAUUAAUUACUUCUGCUAUGAUUGAAAGUUUAGAUGAUUUAAUUUGGCCUCAAGAUAUCAAUCAAGCUUGUAAUUUAUUUGAGGCAUUGUUCCAUCGUUUCUGUUGUUUACUUCAACAUGCUGAAAAUCAUGAACAUGUGGAGUUUUUAUAUCAAAUGUUAAGUCAAUUGCUAGGGAUCUUAGCCUUUUAUGCUAAUAAACUUGGGUCUACUAGAGAUAAUGAAAUAAUAACUGCUCGAGAUGAAUUCAGUCGUUUAUUGCCAAUUUUAAAUAAGUUGGAACUUGUUAUCAACUCUAUAUCACACUCAAUGGGCAAUUCAGCUUUAAAUCUUCUAAAAUGCAUUAAAGUUACAUUAGCCACACGUGGAGCUAUUCCUUGUCAUGAUUCUUUUUCAACUACGUCUGUAAAUAAUUUGUAUUUUACCAAAUGUAAUUUUGACAAAGUAAAAGCUGAAACCCAUCAAUCAGAAUGUCCUCAAAAAAUUAUCGAAGAAGUUACUAUCUCCAACCCCCAGAAUGUGCAGCAAUCUGUUUGCAGUCAGCUAGAGGAUCCAACUUUGAAAAAGAUUUUCGAAGAAUUACAUGAUCCUUUGAUUCCUGUCCAAGGUCAUGCAUUGAUUGUGCUUAGUCGAUUGUUGGAAUCCAGAGAUUCAUGUAUUUGGGGCUAUGAACAACUCAUAUUUGAAGUUUUAACUAAAUAUUUGUCACAUACAGAUAGUUAUAUUUAUUUGAAUGCGAUUCGAUGCCUAUCGGCUAUGGGCUGUACAUUAACGGACAAAGUAUUAAAUCUACUGUUAAAUCAAUUCACUAAGAGUGUGCAGACUACCAAUAAACCAGCAAAUCCUAUUGGUAUCACUGUCACUAGUACUGCUGGCGAUUAUGAUAUUGAAUAUAAAUUGAAAUUAGCUGAAUCUAUAAUGCGUGUUUUGUCGAAUUUAGGUGAAAUGGCACCAAAGUAUCGAACAGAGGUGUUUAACUCUUUUGUCAUGGGAUCCAAGUCAUCUGAAGAGUUAAUACGAGCAGCUUGUCUUUCAAAUAUUGCUGAGCUUGUUCGAUUGUUAAAAUAUUCUGUUCAACCAAUCAUUUAUGAGAUUUUGUUGUUGAUCGAAUUUCAUCUAUCUCAAGAUGUAUCAAAUGUAGUUCGUAAAGCUUCAGCAUAUUUAGCACGCUCUUUAUUCUUACCAGAAACUAGUACCACCGAAUUACCCCCAUGGAUUCCAUCUGAUGUGAUUCGUGACCUUCAUAGGCUAUUGUCAACACGUCGAAUCAUUGAAAAGGAUACAUCUGUACAAGAACAAAUUGAAUCAGCUCUUGCUCAAAUAGAUUUAUGUACACGAAAUACUGUGUUUUUAAAACCUGAUAGUCCAUCUAAUCUUGUAAAAGAAAUACAUAUUUUAAACCCAUAAAGUUAUCUCUUACCAAAAUAUACUUGUUUUGCCCGAUUAUUU